AUGGAAGAACCGACCUACGACCCAAGCCGCCCCCUCGCAACCACCACCCUCGUCUACCAAUACAAACUAGUCAACUGCCCCGGCAAGACCAUCGUCGGCUUGCUGGUCGAAUACCCCCCCAACGGCGCCACGCCGCCUCACCGACACGGUGGCGCGUCCGUGUCAGCCUACGUGAUCAGGGGCGCCGUGCUGUGCAAGAUGAACGACGACCCGAUGCGGACGAUCGAGCAGGGCGGGUCGUGGUACGAGGCGCCCGGGUGCCAUCAUCGGAUCAGCGCCAACGCCAGCGCGACGGAGCCGGCGGCGUUCUUGGUGAGCUUUGUGCUGGAGACGGAGGUUUUGGAGCGGGAUGGGCCGGGAGUGCUGGUGCAGAUUGACGAGGAGUAUAGGGAGGUUUUUGCGAGGAAGAUGACGGAGGCCCCACCACGGAAGCGGACACCCACCGGGCAACGUUCCGACCCAUCGCCGCGCCGCCGCGCCGCCGCCAUUCCCUCCGCCCCGUCCCCUCCAUACCUAACUUAUCAACCUCCCAACUGGAACUUGAAAAGCCCCUCCAAUCCAGCGACACCCAACACAACACAAGACCACCACCUCGAACCGAAGAACACAGCACAGCAAAAUGACCGAAGAAACCAAAUCCCUUCCUCCUCCGCCUCCACCUCCCCCACCUCCAACUAG